AGUCAUGACAUGCAUAAACAUAGCCAAUCUCAUCUAAGAUUUCUUGAAUACACCAUAUUUGGAAAUGGAGCUAUCUUUUCUUCUUGGAGCUUUACUUCUCCUUUUACCCUUACUUGUCACUAAAUGGUUCAAAGAGUGUAAUAGUAGAAGAAAAUUGCCUCCAGGGCCUAUGAAGCUUCCAUUCAUAGGAAACUUACACCAACUUGUUGACUGGAAAUCAUCUGAGUUACUACCACAUCGUACUCUUUCCAAAUUAGCCUCUAAACAUGGACCUUUAAUGCACAUGAAACUCGGCGAACGUUCAGCCAUUGUUGUUUCAUCACCUCAAAUGGUUAGAGAAGUGAUGAGAAAACAUGAUUUCAAUUUCUCUAAUCGACCAGUGCUUUUGGUCGGAAAAGAAAUGUUUUAUGACCAUGCUGACAUGGGAUUUUGUAACUACGGUGAUUUCUGGAGACAAAUGCGCAAAAUUUGUAUUCAGGAACUCCUUAGUCAUAAAAAUAUUCAGUUAUUUUAUCCCAAGAUGUUUAAUGAGAUAUCCAAUCUUGUUAGCUCAAUUAAAGAUUCUGCUUCUGGCAGUCCAAUCAACUUUACUGAAACGUUGUCGUUGUACACGAAUUCGGUUAUUUGCAAAGCAAGUGUAGGCAGGGCUUGUAAAAAUCAGGGCUCUUUGAUUGAUAUAAUGAGAACAGUGGCAGGUUCAGCUGGAGUAUUUGAUCUUGCCGAUCUUUUUCCCUCAGUGAAGAUAAUUCAUUUUUUGAGUGGAUUAAAAUACAAACUACGUAAAAUGCACGACGAGGUUGAUGUUCUUUUAGAAGAAAUUAUCAAUGAACAUGAAUUCCAGACUGGGAGUAGUAAUGAUGAUCCCACAGAAGAAGAUAUAGUUGAUGUUCUCCUAAGGCUUCAAAAGAGUCAAGAUUUUUCAAUUCCUAUCACAAGGGAUAAUAUCAAGGCUUUAAUCAUUGACUUAUUUGCAGGAGGAUCUACAACUUCAGCGUCAACAAUGGAAUGGGCAUUUUCAGAACUAAUGAAAAAUCCGAAAAUAAUGAAAAAAGCACAGGAUGAAGUAAGACAAGUUUUCAAAGGAAAGGAAAAGGGAAUUGACCAAAAUGAUAUUCAGAAACUUAAGUACCUAAAAAUGGUAGUUAAGGAAACAGUAAGGUUUCAUCCUUUAGCUCCAUUAUUAGCACCAAGAGAAUCAAGGGAAGAGUGUGAGAUUAAUGGCUAUGUUAUACCAAAAGGCACAAUGGCCCUUGUGAAUUUUUGGGCAAUUUCAAGGGAUCCAAAUUAUUGGCAAAAUCCUGAAACAUUUGAUCCAGAGAGAUUUAAUCAAAGUCACCUUGAUUUUACUGGAGCUCAUUUCGAGUUUACACCAUUUGGCACUGGAAGAAGAAUUUGUCCAGGACUAUCAUUUUCAAUGGCAACUGUGGAGCUUAGUCUAGCACUAUUACUCUACCAUUUUGAUUGGAAGCUUCCCAAUGGAAUGAAUCCAAAUGAACUAGACAUGACUGAGAAAUUCGGCAAUGCUCUUGAAAGGAAAAACAAUUUGUACUUGAUUCCUUUGCCCUAUGUUCAUGCCUAAUGCUGGCAAUGAGAUUCAUAUAUACUUCUACUUAUGAGAAUAAAUUUGUAACCAAUUUCCCUUGUAUUUCUGAUUAUCCAAUAAAAGAUUCCUACUUUCUAUUGUUU